AUGGGCAAUCAGGCCUCCAAGGAAGGAGGUGGCUCCUCGUCCAAGGGUUCCGGCGCCGCCCCCUCGGGCGACGCCUCGCUCCAGUCGUAUCCCUCCUUCAGCAGGUCUGACACCAAGGACUCGUCGAGGUCCUUCCGCUCCCUGCGAUCUAAGAUACCCGGCUCCAGCGGCAAGACCGACAGCCCCCGGAACUCGGCCCUCCUCUCCAACGGCGACUCGGCCGGCGACAGCAAGGUCGCCGACGGCGCGUCCGUACGAUCCGGGCGCAGCGGUCGUUCCAGCGCCUCUAGGACCAGCCGCAGCGAGAUCCCGCCACUCCGGCACAAUUCUACCGACCUGUCCAACACCGACUCUGCCAUCUUCGAGGACCAGCCCCCACCCUCGCCAGUAUCUGCGAGCGCCCUCAAAGGCGGUAAUCACGAUGUGAGCGCGGCCCAGGCCUCCGGCGAGGUCGACCACGUGUCGGACCAGCCGCCGUCGGCCAACGCGAGCCUCACCACCCACAUGCAAGCGCCCGGGCAGCCUAUUCUCGUCAAGCGAGACCAGACGACCAACACCAUUCAGGAGAGCCCUUCCAUGGACUCGCCCGCCAGGACCGACUCGAACGGCAACGUCGGCAUGUCCGAGAUCAAAGACAUUGACCUCGACGACUUCAUAAAGCGCCUGCUCGACGCGGGAUAUGCUGGCAAGGUAACCAAGGGCGUGUGCCUCAAAAAUGCCGAGAUUGUCGCCAUCUGCCAGCGCGCCCGCGAGGUCUUCCUGUCGCAGCCCGCCCUCCUCGAGCUUGAUGCGCCUGUCAAGAUUGUCGGCGACGUUCACGGACAGUAUACUGACCUGAUUCGCAUGUUCGAGAUGUGCGGAUUUCCGCCCACGUCCAACUACCUCUUCCUCGGCGACUACGUCGACCGAGGGAAGCAGUCUCUCGAGACCAUUUUGCUGCUCCUGUGCUACAAGAUCAAGUUUCCCGAGAACUUUUUCCUCCUCCGCGGAAACCACGAAUGCGCCAACGUCACGCGUGUGUACGGCUUCUACGAUGAGUGCAAGCGGAGGUGCAACGUCAAGAUCUGGAAAACGUUUAUUGACUGCUUUAAUACGCUCCCCAUCGCAGCCAUUGUCGCCGGCAAGAUCUUUUGCGUCCACGGCGGCCUUUCACCGGCACUCAGCCACAUGGACGAUAUUCGCAACAUCGCUCGGCCGACGGACGUCCCCGACUACGGGUUGCUCAACGACUUGCUCUGGUCGGAUCCAGCAGACAUGGAACAAGACUGGGAGGCGAACGAGCGGGGCGUCAGCUACUGCUUCGGCAAACGCGUCAUCACCGAUUUCCUAGCCGUACACGACUUUGAUCUCAUCUGUCGAGCGCACAUGGUUGUCGAAGACGGCUACGAGUUUUUCAACGAUCGUGUUCUCGUCACUGUCUUUAGCGCACCAAACUAUUGCGGAGAAUUCGAUAACUGGGGGGCUGUCAUGUCCGUGUCAGCCGAGCUUCUGUGCAGCUUUGAGUUGCUCAAGCCUCUCGACUCGAGUGCCCUCAAGAGCCACAUUAAGAAGGGGCGCAACAAGCGCCAGCAGAUGCUCAACAGUCCUCCGGCGAGCGUCCAACCCCAGAGCGUCUAG